UACAGACAGAGCACUGUUGUCUCGAGCUCGCCGUGAGCGGACUGUUACCGAGGCUCCUGACGGCGGAGGGAGGGACACGCAGUCCUGAGAGGCUCCUUUAUGAGGAGCAAAGCAAUACAUCAGCGACUCCAAUGCGGUGGCCAAUGUUUCUAAUUCGGUUUCUGCGUCCGCUUCCCGCAGGAUGCUGUUUGGUUAAAAAUGCGCAUAUGAAAUAAUCGUGGGUGUGAUCCCUUCUCCGUUGGCCACUGGAUCUAUUGGCGUUAAAAGGUUUGGAGAAACGCUGGAAAACUGAUCUGUAUGCCGAGCAAACUGGAUUGGAGAUUUCUGAAUAGACGCUUUGUCGGUUGCGUCUUUUUUCACGUCUUCUGAGAGGAUUGUAUCCGCGUUUCUCCUCAAAUGGUCUUAUUUUUGUGUCUAUCCACUAAAUACGGCGAUAUCGCACUGUUUUUACCUCACAGUGCCAUGUUUUAGCCUAUCUGAGGCGAUCCGACGCGAGGCGAAAAGUCUGACUGGACCUCCUUCAGAAGUAAACCAUCAACAUUUCUGGAUUCUUCGACGUUUUUUUAAUCUAACUUUGUUUUGGAAGCUAUAAUUCACGUUUUGGAUUAAAUAUAUGCUGAAACGGUAAAUAUGUUUCGGGAUUUCAAAAGACCGCCUGAAUCGAGUCAGCCGUUUGGAAUGAAGAACCGUUAGGAAGCGCCGUUAAAUAUUUCGCGGCAUAUUAGGAUUCAAAUUCCUGGUCCAUAUUCGUACGUUUAUCGUUUUGUACGCAUCAUACAAUACAGUGAGCAUAUUGUUUCGAGACUCUGGACCCAGAGGAGGUGAUUUAGACAUCAUCCAUCUGAAGAUUCAGGACAUUUCUGUGCUGCUCUGAACUUGAGGCGUUUGGAUGCUCCAGUACGGAGGUGGCAUCACUCCAGUUACCCAGAAGCCCUUGAAAAGACAAGAGAUGCCCUUUUGAGAUGACCGACACUGGAACAAACUUCAUAUCUGUGAUACACACUAGUCACCGUGCACAUGAUGUCAUCGUUAUCUCUGGCCUGUGAUUGGAUGUUGGUUUUGGUCGUGCUGACAGAAAUCAGCAGCGUUUCUUCAGGGAAUCUCUUCGGGGUGACGGCGACGAAGGUGAAAACAAUGAAUAAGCUGUCAAAGGUGUAGGAAGCUGAUGAAUCAUGGAGAGGCUGGUGUUUUACGUGCUGGUGUUCGGCGCGCUGGUGAAGGCUCAGCAUUGUCCGGGUCGCUGCAUCUGUCAGACCAUCUCACCCACACUCACGCUCCUCUGCGCUAAAACCGGCCUGCUCUUUGUGCCACCCACAAUCGACCGUAAGACAGUCGAGCUCCGUCUGACCGACAACUUCAUCACCGCUGUCCGCCGAAAAGACUUUGUCAACAUGACGAGCCUAGUGCACCUCACUCUGUCCCGCAACACCAUCAGUCAGAUCGCACCGCACGCUUUUGUGGGCCUGAAGUCUUUGAGAGCGCUGCACAUGGACGGGAACCGGUUAACGGUCAUCAACAAUGACCAGCUGAAGGGUCUGAUCAACCUGAGACACCUGAUCCUGGGCAAUAACCAGAUUCACCACAUCGAACCGUCCACCUUCGACGAGUUCGUCUCCACCAUCGAGGACCUGGAUUUGUCCUACAACAACCUGAGGACGUUACCUUGGGAAGCCAUCGCCAGGAUGACCACCAUCAACACCUUAACGCUGGACCACAAUCUGAUCGACCACAUCGACCCCGGGACCUUCACGCUCCUCACCAAACUGGUGCGGCUGGACAUGACGUCCAACCGUCUUCAGACGCUUCCACCGGACGCACUGUUCCAGCAGGCGCAGGUCCUGUCCGACCCCAAAAUGUCCAGCUCCUCCAAACUGACGGUGAGCUUUGGAGGAAACCCGCUGCACUGUAACUGUGAGCUGCUCUGGCUGCGGCGCCUGACGAGGGAAGACGACCUGGAGACCUGCGCUUCUCCUCAACUCCUGAUGGACAAGUACUUCUGGUCCAUUCAAGAGGAGGAGUUCAUCUGUGAGCCGCCGCUCAUCACCAAACACCAGGUCACCAAACCCUACGUGAUGGAGGGUCAAGGCGUGACUCUCAAGUGUAACGCGAUGGGUGACCCCGAUCCCACCAUUCACUGGCGCUUUCCCGACGGCAAACUGGUGCACAAUAACUCUCGCACGAUCCUGUACGACAACGGCACGCUGGACAUCCUGAUCACCACACUGAAGGACAGCGGCGCCUUCAACUGUGUGGCCUCCAACGCGGCCGGCAUCGCCACCGCAGCCGUGGAAGUAAACAUGAUCCCACUGCCGCUCUUCGUCAACAACUCGGGUCACAUGAGGGAGGCCGACCCGGGGCUCUCCGACAUCACCACCUCCACCAAAUCCGGCAGCAACGACACCAAACCACAAAACAAGAGGGUGUUGGUGGAAAACCUGACCGCAAACUCAGCCGUCAUCCACUGGCCGUCCGAACGCCACAUUCCCGGGAUCAGAAUGUACCAGAUCCAGUACAACAGCACCAUCGACGACACCCUGGUGUACAGGAUGAUUCCGUCAGUCAGUAAGACGUUCAGGAUUAACGAUCUGGCGGCGGGCCGUGAGUACGAGCUGUGUGUGUUGGCGGUGUAUGACGAUGGCAUCACGUCUCUGACGGCUACACGCGUGGUGGGCUGUGUUCAGUUCCACACGGGCGCGGAGGCGGGUCAGUGCCGCUUCAUCCCCACACAGUUCCUUGGUGGCACUAUGAUCAUCAUCAUCGGCGGCAUCAUCGUGGCCUCCGUCCUCGUCUUCAUCAUCAUCCUCAUGAUCCGCUACAAGGCUUACGGCGGGGUCGACGCGGCCAAAGCCAAAGCGCAAGGAGACGCCGGCAUAAACAUGCACUCACAGACCAAUGGGAGUCACCCGGGAUGCUCCGGCUCGAAGCAGGAAGAGCAUCCCGAGUCUCCCGGCGGGAAAGACUGCAAGGCCCUGGUGCUCCUGAAGAUGGAGGAAACGCAAGAGGAGCUCAAAGUCGAGCUGCCGACUGAGAUAGCGCCGCCGUUGUCGUCUCGGAGAGCCAGUCUGGGCGACGAAACGCAGACGGACAGCAGCUUGACGGGCUCCACUAUGUCCCUGUGUUUGAUCGGGUCCGGGGCCAACCCGGACGAGCCCCCUCGGAAGGGGCCGCUGGCCAACAUAGGGCUCCUGCCCAGCGAACUGGCUCGGACUCGGCAUCGCUUCUCCUUCGACGGAGACUAUGCUCUAUUCCAGAGCAACAGUUACCCUCGCCGGGCUCGAACCCGCCGGCACAAAUCCACCACCCAGCUCAACACAGACGUGUCACCGCCCUGCAGCCGGAGGGUGACGUUCAGCAGCACAGAGUGGAUGUUGGAGAGCACAGUGUGAUGGACUGAAGCACACACACACACACACACACACACACACACAUGGACUGUCUACAUAUUGACGUUGUUGCAGCAACACACACUUUCUUUGAUUCCUGUGUUUAACACGUAUCAAACAUGACACAGCAAACCUAGUGAGCUGCCUACUUCAACAGUGUCUAAAGAUGCAUCAAACUGAUCAAAAGUGAUGAUAUAGAUAUUUAUAAUAAACGCUGAAAAAUUAAAUGUAUCAACUGUUU